AUGACAAAUACACUUGAGCAAUAUUCUAUUCAAGUUCUGACUGAAGAAUCUGAUAAAAUUCACACAGAAGCUUGCUCAUGAAGCCAAGAAAAAACGUGAGAGUCUUAUAGUACCAGCAUAAAAUGCUUCCUAAAAUCACGUGAUAAACUUUCAAACCCUUUCCACUACAAAAAGAGAAAUUAUGAUAUAAACUUUAACAAAGACAAUUUUAAACGAAUUUUACUAAAUCUUGAAUUUAAUCCUAGCCAAGAAGAGCCUUUUAUUAAAUUUUCUAUGCUACCAAGCCCUCCAAAAGCUGAUAUUUCUGCAUGAAAUGAAUAUAUGAUUUUUUAUUUAAAAAAUAUUUAAUUAAAAAAAUAGAAAAAAUGAAUAAGAAAUAUUUGCAAAAAUUAGACAAAAAAAAUCAAACAAAUAGAUGCAAAUGUUUAUCAAUUGACAAUGGGAUCUGCACAAGCUCUAACAUAGAAAGCCGGUGCGAUUCCCCUGAUUGUUUAAUGAAAAUGCAUAAACCUCAGCGGUCGCUGCUAUCAUUUCCUAAAAGGGAACAUAUCAGAAUUCCUUCAUAUACCCCAAGCGCCCACAGAUUUUUAAGCCCAAAAUCUGAUCAUAUGUCCAUUCGCCGUGCAGGAUGUAGAUCAACAAGCCCUGAAUGUAUAACCAUUUUACUAUUAAUAAUACAGAUUACUAUAGUCUUUUAUGAAUAUCCUACAUAAUAUAAAUUAGAAUAAUCCCAAAAACCCCUACCAGUGUUCUUAAUACCUGCAAGCCAGAAACUGUUGUCAAAGACAAAACUUCCCCAAAACCUCCUAAUCCUAAAAUGGCUCCUAUAAUAGCCCAAAGAAGUGAAUUAAGGCUUCCUUUUAUAUGUCGAAGCUUAAUAUGUUAG